AGGAGGCCGUGCGGGCGUCUGCUCCCCGGGUUCGUGGAAAUCGAGUCGUCACUGCCUGAAAACACGCGCUGAAAAGGCGCUUCCUGCUCAACAAUAACUUGCUACCUUUGCUGUGACUUUUACUCCGGCGAAGAUCUGAGCAUGCGCACUUAUGUAUGGGACGGGGAGGACAUCACGGAAAAUCUACUAGAAGCACCACAAACGCAGAGAUUUCGGCUCUCCGCUGCACUAAAACUGCACGACGUGGGCGGCCCGUGACCAUGCCUAGAGCGGCGUUAAGAUGCGGGACGACCGCCUGACAGGCCUGGCCUGGGUCUGAGCCGUUGCCGGGAGGGGAAAUCUAUUUCUUCAUAUGGGAGCAGCAUGCGGGAAAUGGUCGGUGGUUGCUGCGUGUGUUCCGACGAGCGAGGCUGGGCUGAGAAUCCGCUGGUGUACUGUGAUGGACACGGCUGCAGCGUCGCCGUUCACCAAGCAUGCUACGGCAUCGUGCAGGUGCCAACUGGCCCGUGGUUCUGUCGGAAGUGUGAGUCACAGGAGCGGGCGGCACGUGUGAGGUGUGAGCUGUGUCCCCACAAAGAUGGCGCCCUCAAGAGGACAGACAGCGGAGGCUGGGCCCACGUCGUGUGCGCACUCUACAUCCCCGAGGUGCAGUUCGCCAACGUCCUCACCAUGGAGCCUAUCAUCCUGCAGUAUGUCCCACACGAGAGAUACAACAAGACUUGUUAUAUCUGCGAGGACCACGGGAGGGAGAGCAAGGCCGCCUGCGGCGCGUGCAUGACCUGCAACAGACAGGGCUGCAGACAAGCGUUCCACGUCACCUGUGCUCAGAUGGCUGGUCUGCUGUGUGAGGAGGAAGGACCAGAAGCUGAUAACGUGAAGUAUUGUGGCUACUGCAAGCAUCACUACAACAAAAUGCAGAAGAAGUUGCGUUCUAGUGAAAAUACAAGUAGCUCCUUCAGUCAUUCCAGGGGGCGCUCCAGCUCUCCGUCACAGGAAAAACAGCACCACCACCACAGACAGAGGAAGAGUCAUAAAGACAAGAUUCGGCAAAAGGAGCGCCACAAAAAGUCGAGCGACAACCUGAGCUCCGCUGUGACAUCCAGCGGCAUAGAAAAGAUUUCCUCAAGUCACCACAGCAGCAAGGACGGCGAGGGAAAGUCCAAGAAGCUGAGCUCGCACGGUCACAGUCAUCGGAGCAAGAAGACCGGAAGCACCGGCAAGAGCUGCUCCUCAUCGUCCUGCUCCUCCAGUCCAUUCAACACAGGUGGUUCCCUGUCGUCUGCUCAGGAGUUUCAUCAGUUCUUAUCUUCUUCCCGCCUGGAGCGUGAACAUGACCGAGGAGGUGACGACCACAGCGGAGAGGAGCGCAAGGAGCGUCACAGGAGACCGGCAGUCCAGGCGGAGGAGGAGGAGGAGGAGGAUGUAAAGGAAGAGGAAAAAGACGAGGAGGAGGAAGAGGAGGAGGAGGACUGUAAAUACCACAAGCCACCAGCACUGACCCCCGCUGAGGGCCCGCUAGCAGGGUCGCAAGGUCACGACAGGCCAGAAGGCAACUCCAGCCCUUUCGAGAACAAAGUCACCAUCUCCACCUUCGGGUCCAUCAUGCGCAUCACGUCGUCGUCGGGGCUCGGCAGCAGCAGCAAGAUCCGAAAGAUCUCCUCGUCGAGCGACUACAAACCCUCCAAAUCCCUCUGCAAGCCAUCCCAGCUGAGCACGCCGCCCAUCCUGGAGGAGGCCGACCCGGAGGACAAAGUCACGCUUCCACCGCCGCUGCCUCGAGAGAGGAGGCACCGUGGCAACAAGAAGAGCCGCCACGGCCCGGGGCGCCCACGGGGGAGCAAGAACCGAGAGAGGAGGGGGGAGGAGGAGCACCACCACCACCAUCACCACACAGCGCCGCCUCCCCUAGCCUUAACCUCGUCGCUCUAUCCGAGCCCGUCCUCCAUCCCCCACCCCACCUUCUCCUCGACGCUGCCUCCCACCGCCACCUCUUCCACUUCCUCUUCUUUCUCCUCCUCCUCGUCCUCCACUGGUAGUUUUUCUACAGGCCGCGGCAACUCGCUGCUCGGCUCUGGCAUCUACUCCAGUCUCAAGGACCCUCUCACACUGGGCGGGGGUGUCUGCAGUACCCCCCUUUCCCUGGGUGGAGGGGUGUGUAGCACCUCCUUGUCCCUGGGAGGGGGCAUGUGUAGCACCCCUCUCUCCUCAGGACUCCUUCCAUCCCACUCCUCGCUGUCUCUUCCACCAGUCAACGCUGUGUCAAACACACAGGUGAAUCCAGGUUCCAGCGCCUCCUACAGCCUGACCUCCACUCAGCCUUUCACCAGCUGUCUCUCCACAGCCCUGACACUGCCGCCACUACUGAGCCAAGCCCAGACCUCACUGCCAGAGUCUGACCUCGAUGACUGUCGCUUCCCAUGUCAGGGGAACUCACCGAGAGAGAGUCUUUCCUCGCAGUCUCCGAUGAGCUGUCUUCCUCUUCUGUUCGACCAGAGGGACGGGCUGGGCGCCGGAGUCAGAGCCCGUCCUGAGAACGUCCCUCCAGCCAGCUCUCACAUUGAUCUGCUGCUGGAGAAACACAGCAACGGAGAGAUGGGAGUCAACAUUAUGGAGAUGCUCCAGUCGCUGCACUCCCUGCAGCAGGAGAACCAGCGGCUCCAGGACCAGAUCCUCAGCCUGACGGCCAAGAAGGAGCGACUGCAGCUGCUCAACACGGAGCUGGCCGUGCCUUUCCCUCCACAGCUUCACUCCACCCAGGGCUCCAUGCACACGUCCGCCCAGAUCAACUUCCUGUCAUCCACCCAAGACCCCCUGAGCACCAAUAAGAGUCCCCUGCCCAAAAGCUGCUUCCUGAAUGACACCUCCUUUGUUACCUCGUCUGAGGAGCUGCACUCCGGUAGUCCGUCCCGAAGCAGCUCGUCUCUUUCCUUCCAGAGCACCCCCCCUCCUCAGCAGAGCCCCGCCUCCUUCGGGCAGCCGCUGCUGAACGGCUUGAAUCGAGGGUUGAACGACGGUUUGGGGGCGAUCGCUCAGGCCGGCGGCUCCGCACUGCCCGUGGUGGGCGGACUCAUGGCGUCUAUCGCGGGAAGUCCUCAGCUGACCGUGAACGGCGUGCUCGGCAGUCUGAACGGAGUGAUCCAGUCGCCUGUGCAGAACGCUCCUCAGCCCGCGCUCCCGGCCCUGCGACCCCAACCUCCACCCCUCAACCCCCUGGCGCUGGCUCAAGGCUUUCAGCUUCCCAAGAGUGCGAGUCCGUCGCCGUUCCUGUCAGAGCAGCAGAAGCAGCUUCUUCUCGAGCAGCAGCAGCUGCAGCAGUUCCUCACCUCGCAGAACUUCACACCUGAGCAGCAGGCCUUGGUGUGCCAGAUGUUGCAGCAGCAGUGUCAGCGGGAGCUGCAGCGCCUCACGCUGACAGGAGCUCUCACCUCCACCCCCAACUCACCCAUGAUUGCCCAGUCACCCAACCUGCUGUCCUCAGCUACAGCCUCCCCCCUGCAGGGAGGCCAAGGAGGCGGGCUCUUCGGGCUGCAGGAGAACACGCUUCACAAACCCGGAGCUACUGGAGAGAAAGGUGGAGACAAGAAUGGCUGAUGUUUCUCCACAACACGCGAGCAGCUCCGAUGAAAACAUCAGGCAUGACGUGCCGCCUUGAAGAGGUCAAAUUUCCAGGACUUUCUCCUUCUCUGUCGUCUUUAUCUUAAGUCCUCUUUUAUGAAUGUACAACAGGAUGGACUUUAAUGUCAAGGUGAAGUUUUUCGUGUUUUGAAAUUCUUGAUAUCAGAGGUUCUUCUCAUAGGGUUUUUUUUGUGUGUAGGCAGCUUUCAGAGAGCAUGAAUACAGUGGUCUCUUCUUAAAUUGCACUAAUUUGUUAGCUAGACCAAUGGGGCUGCUGAUGAAGGCAGAGUUCAUGAACCGAAGGUCUGAGUCUCUCUUCUCUGACCUCCCAAGCACUGACUGUUCAUGAAUUCCCUCCAGAGUUUCCAUUCAGUGCGUCAGCGAGGAAAAAAAGCAAGAAAAAAAAAAAAAGCGGACUUCUGCCACUUCCUGCAACCUCAACUGUCUUCCUCGAUAUUGUGUCUUCCCUUUGUGUUCACCCCACUCAAUUUCAUCCAGAUCUUCUAUAUGUGAAGCCUCUCACGGGCACUUAUUAUGUAAAGGGUCAACAUACAAUCAUUUUUGAUGUGUGGUUAGUGGCAUUUCGACAUUAAGCUAGUUAUUACCUCAGACUUUGUAUUUUUCAUUGUUGACUUUUGUGCAGACUCAUUACCACAAUAGCCUUCACUGGAUAUAAAAUGCCCACCAAAAAGAUAUCUUGGUGUUUGCUCUAAGGUAUUAACUCAUGUAAAUGUAAAAAUGACACAGCACCUGCGUGUCCAGAAAGCCGCCAUCGUCUGCGGGCGAGCGCCGGGUUUUGUUCCAGACCACCACCAGAGUUUCUCAAGACUUUUAUAUCCUUCUAGUUGCUGUCGAGAUUAAGCGGACGAAACCAAACAUUUGGAAAUUGUAAGUAAGAAAUUAAUAGUUUUUUCCUAAACAAGUGUGCACUUUGCAUGUUAGUAGCUAACAGAGCAAAUUAGCCAUCAACACAGUACCUUCUAAAGGAUGCUCGGUACUUCAUAGGUCGCUAGGGACUAACAGGUUUUUGAUUUUUCUGAGUAUUUUGCACUCCUGUCCUGAAGUGUCGGUCUUUUACUGUCAUACAUAGAUAUUCCUUUCAUGUCCACCAACUAGCUGUUCUUUUAGCAAUACUGGAUAGAUAAUGCCUUAAUGAUGUUAGAUUUACAGAGGAAACCACGAGCCCAAAGGCUCACUCUCUUCUCGUCUUUCUUUGAUAACGUGUUUUUUUUUAUUGCGGGUACACGGAGGGUCGCGUUGUCCGACGAAAGCACUCUUCCUAAGCCCAUUUAUAUACUUUUGAUAGCUGACUGAUAAUUUCAACAGUGGAAAAACGUGUGAAGCGUAUAGUGGUGACUAAAGUGUCAAAGCAUUUUCUAUUGUGCGUUUUGUGUUGGAAUGUUUUUGAGUUGUUUGUGCUUCAGAGACCUGAGAAAAAGGACUUGUAGAGAAUCUGCACAGCAGUUUGAACCGCUCGUAAUGAAAGUGCUGCAGAAACAGAAUCGAUGUAGGAAACAGGGAGGCUGCAGGGCGACCGGGGGCAGCUGUGGCAUUUUGGGUUUUUUACAUUUUCUUUCACAACUCACAAAAUAGUUGCAUCAAAAACAUGACAUAUGUUGCAGUUUCAAUUAAAACUGCACCAGUUUAUCGUCUGUGGUGUAGACGAGCAGAAACUAGACGUUUGAUAUGUUUUUUGAGAAGACUUUUAAAACUUCAUCUUCUAGCUUUCAUUCCUUCUGUGUCAAAAUGAUGCUCUAAUGUAGCAUGACUGAACGAUCUGCGUUUCCUCUUUCUGCGCAGCAUUAAAAUAGACAAAAGGCAACAAUUUGGACACGAGCUCGUUAAUCCUGCCGGCGUGUCGUCGCCCUAGCUUUCUGAUUGGAUACAUUAGCGUUGGGUGUUACAGGUGUCCCUGGUCUCCCCUAAUAAGCUUUUCCUUCCACUUUAUGAGGCGACACCUCCGCUUAGCUCAGUUUUACUAACAAAGGCUCGUCACCAUUUCACCUUUUUCGCCCUCAAAUGAAGGGAUUAUUUAAUUUCCUCCUUCCUUCAUUUGUCACUCUGUUUGGAGUCUUGAACAUGAACUCCCAUACAUGUGAUAUCUAUUUUUAUUUUAUUUUAUUUUAUGUUGUUAGCAGCUCAUGUAGACAUCAGAAGCUUCACGCAGCUCAAUGGUUGGUGAUAAAUACUGUAGCAAUGACAGAAGGAGAAUGUUGACAAAGACAUGAGCCAACGUGACUCCUGCUGGGAGGUCUGCAAUUUACCAAGUAUGACCAGCGCGACCACACGAUCGCCUGCAGAGCGGCGCGAGGGAUUUCUGAAACAGUUUCUUUCUCAUGUUGCACUGGGGCGCUUUGGCCCAAUUGUAAAAUGUUUUUUUUGUUUGUUUGUUUGUUUUUUUGAGAUCCGAGUUGUAUACUUUAAUAUGUUUGUGUAAAAACACAUUCAUUCUUUUAAGCUUUGAAGUUUGGGUAAAGAUAAUUCAUGUUAUGAAUGUCGUACUGUGUAUCUUUUAUGUAUUGCAACAUUUAAGCACCUGGCUCCGAGUGACGUCUGAUGGACGGCAAAGUUAACUAUCGGGAUAUGAAUUGCAUGAAAUGCAGUGAUGUCUCUCAAAUGUAUCGCUAAAUACCAAGUAAUAGCUAUGCAUAAUUUUAAAUGCAUUGUUCCCUGAAGAGAAAAAAAAAGGAAAUGAAAUGAGCACUGAAUUUAAAAGGACAAGCACGUUGUCAUUGUACAGUGUAUUUGUUUGAGAGAAUCGAUUGAAGCAAAUUUGACGAUAUUCAGAUUAAAAUCCCUGUAAAGUAUUUUGAUAUUUUUGUGUGUAAAAUUAAAAGGACAGAUUAAGACAA